AUGAGCUCCAAGGUGUGUAAGAACUGCGGGUGCUCGGACAUCGAUGUGGACCAGGCCCGUGGCGACGCCGUCUGCAUGGGCUGUGGCUCUGUGCUGGAGCACAGCAUCAUUGUGUCCGAGGUCGAGUUCGUGGAGAACAGUGGUGGAGGCUCGCUGGCUGUGGGGCAGUUUGUCUCUCGAGAGGGCGGCGCAAAAGUCCCCAGUUUUGGAGACGGAUACUACACAGGUGUUGGGAAGGAGUCCAGGGCCCAAACCCUUCAGAAUGCGAAACGUCAGGUCAACGUGCUGGGCCACCAGCUGCAGAUGAACCAGCACUGCCUCGACACAGCCUUCAACUUUUACAAGAUGGCGCUAUCCAAGCACCUGACCCGCGGCCGCAAGUCCUCUCACGUCAUCGCCGCCUGCCUCUACAUGGUCUGCCGGACAGAAGGGACUCCCCACAUGCUCCUGGAUCUCAGCGAUCUCCUGCAGGUGAACGUGUAUGUCUUGGGAAGAACAUUCCUGGUCCUGGCCAGAGAGUUAUGCAUCAAUGCCCCAACUAUAGACCCCUGCCUGUAUAUUCCCCGUUUCGCCCAGCUGCUGGAGUUCGGCGAGAAGAACCACGAGGUUUCCAUGACAGCGCUGAGGCUUGUACAGAGGAUGAAGAGGGACUGGAUGCACACGGGCCGAAGACCCUCGGGGCUGUGUGGAGCAGCUCUCCUUGUUGCCGCACGCAUGCACGACUUUCACCGCACCAUCAAAGAUGUCAUCAAUGUUGUGAAGGUGUGUGACAACACGCUGAGGAAAAGAUUGACUGAGUUUGAGGAGACGCCCACCAGUCAGCUAACCAUCACGGAGUUCAUGACGACAGACCUCGACCACGAGUGCGACCCGCCUUCCUACACUGCUGGACUGAAGAAGAACAAAGAACCGCAGCUGUUGAUUGAGUUGGCGAAAAAGAUGGAGGACGUUGAAGAUGAAAUUGAGUGUUACCAGGAUGAGAUUGACACGGAGCUGGAGAGCUGCAGGCCCAAACUGAGAGGGGUUUACGCCGCCUAUGUCAAACAAGGUACACCACACAGACGGUUAUGUGUAGCAGACUGGCUCUGUAUCUCCAACGUGGCGGACAGCGAUGAUGAGGAUGUAGACGAGGAGCUGAAGGCCGUGGCCAAGCACUUUGGCAAAGAUGUGAGUGAUCUCACUCUGGAAGCCCUGAAGAAAUUGGAGGAAAGGGGGCCUGAGAAGGCAGGGGACGGAGACAAGGAGGAGGAGAGCUCACAGCAGCGUAAAGGUCCGUCGCUGGAGUCCAUCCUUGGCCCCAUGCCCACCGCAGCCAGCCUGGGCCUCUCGGAGUCACUCAACAACUGCAUGGGCGAGGAGAAGGAGAAUGACGACGGGGCUGCAGACAGCGGGGAGCUGGACCUGAGCGGCAUUGACGACAGCGAGAUAGAGCUGUAUCUUCUAGAUGAGAAGGAAAUAAAGAUUAAGACUGCACUCUGGAUGGCGGACAACCUUGACUACCUGAAGGAGCAGAAAGAGAAGGAAGCGAAGAUUGCGAAGGAGAAGGAGCUGGGGAUCUACAAAGAGAAGAAGCCCAGGGUCCCAAAAAAGAAACGAGACCCAAUCCGGGCCAGCACUGCAGACGAGGCCAUUGGGAAAAUGCUGGAACAGAAAAAGAUCUCAUCCAAGAUCAACUACGAUGUGCUCAAGGACCUCAACAUCAAACCUGCCGCCAGCCCGGCCCGCAAGGCUGAACCCAAGAGCGGAGCUGCUGCCAGGAGGCCGGCUCUCCGCAACCGCCGGCCUGCUCAAGUGCCGCCCAGCCUGGGCACGCCACUCAGCAGCCUGGGCAAAAGAUUGCAGCCCUUUGUGACGGGAGAAGCUGCCAAGAAGCUGGCUGUGGACCAGGAUGACAAUGCUACCCCCCUGCCGGUGCCCCUGCCGGUGCCCCUGCCGGUGCCUCCGCAGCAGCCCACCCUGCCGGUGCCCCCACAGCAGCCCACCCCCAGCUCUGUGGUGGUCGAGAGCGGACCUGUCACGUACGACGAUGUGGCCGCAGAUGAGGAAGAGGAGGAGGAAGAGGAACCCUGCGUCAGUGCCAUGCAGCUCAUGGGUGCCGAUGAUUACGGCUGUGACGGCGAUUACGAUGAUGGAUUCUAACGUUUAGACCUCGCGCUGGAUUGGUGUCUCCCAGCCGGUCCGUGCCAUUUUGCAUCCCUUCUUGAACGAAACCCAACACUUGCUCACAGGGACACCCAAUGGCUGACACGAAGCCACCGCAGAUGAGAACUGUUACUCCCCGCCAGGGGAAAGCGGAGGAUCGGAUGAGCUAAUGAGGAAGUCUUAUUUAACUGUCACUUGAACGAGGUGGGGAGGCGGCGACCUGCCAUUUGAGGUGAAUGGUAGAAGUGUGUCCAAAAGGCAUUCAAGUGCCCGGAGCAAAACCCCCCCCCAAAAAAAACCCCAAACCUUGAAAAGUUCAAACCCUGUCUCCAAAGGCCAGUCCCAGGUGGCAGGAUGGACUCAUUGGAAAGAACAGAGGAGUGACCUCUGGCUAACAUAGCUGUUAUUUUUGGCCGGCGUGUGAUGCCUUAAACUCCCAGCAACUGUGACCUAGCUGGAUGGAAAAAAACAUCUUUCCCACUUCGGUUUUGAUUAGGGUUUUUUUUUUUUUUUCAGGAUGGCACAGUGAGACCAGAAGCUGAACAAAUGACCGAAGACUAAGCCUUUCUUCAUCAUCAUGCACUUAAGCAACCGUGACCCUUAAGAUGUUCGACCGCCUCGAGUGCCGUCUGAUACUCUAGUUCACCCUACACUCCUGUCCACACUAGUCGUAGCUUUUAACAAGUAAUGACCCGUAUUUAAAAACAAGCACCGGACGGCCGAACGUCAACUCCGUCAGAUGCGCUCGUCUAUAACGGCGCCGAGGGCAUUUGUCGCGGCGGCGGCGGGAGACUCUGGUAGGACUGAUUGUAACACGACCCGAGUCGUCACGUCGGUAUUUAUCUAACGUCUUCUCAGGCGAGGGUUUCGCCGAAGCCAAAGUAUUGCUUAACGUUGCCUUUGGAACACUAUAUUCGCUGCAGUCCCGGUGCCCAUGUUUGCCAAGAUGUUAUUACAUCCAGAGAACUGUACCGAGAUGUUGUUCCUCUCUGUCAGAGCUGCAGGAGUAUGAUUCACCCUGUACCAUGUUACGAUGGUUUCUGUUCAGGAAUUUGUUUGAGUCUGUUUAAUCCAGUGUAGUUAAUAUAUCAACAUUUAUACUGCCUUGUUUUUCUGUUGGUGUUAUCCUGGAGGAUUAUGUCCCAUCGCAGGUCAUGAAGGCGUUUCAAGCUGGUACACAAUCAUGAAGGCGUUUCAAGCUGGUACACAAGUGGAUGUGGUUCAGGGGCCUGAUUUUUUUUUUUAUGAAUGUGGUGGCCCAGCUGCAGAUAAGCUUUAUAAUUACUUGUGGUUUUUAAGUUGGACUGAUUCUGAGGCGUGAUUGUGGCCCUUUUCACUGUGUCGACAACGAGUAUUUAUCGAGGCGUCCGGCCGACCUCGCGGUGCCUCCGAGCUGCUGCUACAGAACCAACAGCGCAUUACACCUACUACAUGUUGUGUGCAUUUGCUGCUACAGUAAAGAUUUGCGAAUGAAAACACAAGUGUGUGUUCUCGUCUGUACCUUCUGAAAUAACUGAUUUUACACAGGAUUCGAGCAUCUUCACAAGUACACGGUAUCCAUUGCUUCGUGUUAUUUCGGUUGAGCA